AUCUUGAUCUUUAUUAAUUCUCUCUCCUCUCCACUACUUGCAAAUUAAAUUGUUUAUUUGGUAUUUAAACACAAACGAGAUAUGAGAUACAGUGACUAAUUUUUUUAAGCGGACACGACACAUCGUUAAGUUUUAUCACAAAACAUCCCCCCCUGCUUGGGUGCAAAGACGGCCAUUAGGCAAAAAAGUAAAGAAAAUAGAGAUAAGAAAGAUGAGUUCGGAUAAAGAAAAGAAAGGAUGGUUUUCCUCAUUGACAAGACGAAAAAAAUCCCAGUCACAGAAUUCGAUUAAUCUGAGUGCCACCACAUUCUACAACGAUGAAAGUGAAUUGCUACGUACAUCCACUGCCGCUUCCUGUUCCUCUGUUAUACAAAGCAAUAACAAUAAUACUAUUGGCACCACAGCUGAGGAAAAUAGCAAUGCCUCCUCAUCAUGCAAUGUGGCUAGUGGAAGUGGUCGAAAACGCAAGGAAGAGAAAAAUGCAUUUCAACGAUUCCGUAAGAAAAUGGGUUUGCGUUUCUCGCUGCGCGGACGAAAAUCGUUACCGGACGGUGAUGGAGCAACAACGGAUGCCUCAUCGGAAUUUACGACCACCUCGCCAAUACACGAGCCGUUGAAAUUCAAUUUUAAGCGUAAUUUAACAACCGAAGAUGCCGAUGUCAGUACGCCAUUUUCCAAUGAUUUCAAACGUUUUAUCAAAAAGAAAUGGUUGGAACGGGAAGACGGACCGAACUGGAUUAUGUAUUGGGCCAGUUGUGAAAUGUUAAAUCAAGUUUGGUAUUGGGGUGAAAUCUCCCGUCGCGAUGCCCAAAAACAACUCACCGAUAAACCAACCGGAUCGUUCCUAGUACGUGACUCGGAGACAAGUGGUUGUCAAUUUACAUUAUCAUUUCGCAUUAUGACAGUUACUCUCCACUACCGACUCGAGUAUCGCAAUGACUAUUGGCAUUUUGAGGAAUUGCAAUAUGAAUCGAUUGUUGAAAUGAUCGAGGAUAUAUUGCAUCGCUGUACAAAUGAUAAUUUUGUAUGCUUUGUUAAGGUACCCAAUGAGAUGCAGCCACCAUUUCCGGUUAUAUUGAAAUAUCCCUUAAGUCGUUAUUUAAAUAUGCCAACAUUACAAGAUCUAUGCCGUCGAGUAAUACAGCGUACAACCAAAUACGAAGACAUAACCAAAUUGUCUGUACCACCUAGUUUACAAGAAUAUUUAGCGGAAAAAAGAGAACUAGUAUUUUAGAAAAACUAGAGACAUGAUGAUUUUUUUAGAAGUCAACAAAAUAAUCUCUAUUAUUACAAGAAAAAAAUAUUAAAAGAAAAAAAAACAACCAAAGAUUUUACUAUUUUAUGGACACAAACAAACAAACACUGAUAUUGCAAAAGUCAAACUUAUUUAAAAAAAAAAAAAGAUUAUAGAAAAAAAUACGUUUUAUUCUAUUCACUGAAAUGUAUUCAAAAAAUAGAACAAUAGAUAUAAUUUUACUACAUCACUAUUUAGUAUUAUUUCAACAAACAAAAUAUGUAUUUUACAAUGAAUGUAAUUAAUGAACAACAACUAUUGUUUUAUGUCACAAACACACAAAAAGAAAGAAACUAAUACAUUGUCUUCCUUAUGAAACAAAAAAAGAACAACAGAACUCUCGCAACAACACUAAGUUUUGUUUUAAUAUUAACUUUAUCCUAAUUUUUUGAUACUUUCCAAAAACAAAGUAAUUUGCAGCUUUAUAUUAUAUGAUGGCUACUAACAUUUUUUCUGUUUUAUUAUCGCUGUAAUAAAAACAAAAACAUUAUUAUUCAUAGUUACUCUGUUACUAAAUUUAGAUGAAAAAACAAAAACAUGUUAAGAUUCUCGUUUAAAAUACCGAUCAACUUAGAAUACGCCGUCGACAUAUGUUUAUGUCAUUAAUUACUAUUGCAUUUGGUAAAUAUACGUACAUAAAUCAGA